AUGGAUGACGACUUCGGUUUCGAUUCGGGAGACGAGGCAGACCUGAUCGCUGCUGCCGAAGCUGUCAAUCCCGGCGCCAAGCGCUCUCAGAACGACGACGCGGACGGUUCCGAAGAGCCAAUCUCCAAAAGGCUCAAGUCGGACCCAGAAACAUCGACACUCUCCCAGCGAGUACUCAACGAACGCUUUGGCUUGAAAAGCUUUCGUCUUGAGCAGGAGGCCGCCAUCAAUCGGAUCAUUGGCGGUAAAAGCGCCGUUGUCGUGUUCCCUACCGGCGGGGGCAAGAGUUUGUGCUACCAGGUUCCCGCGGUUGCUAUCAAAGAGCUCGAUCGCGAAACAAACUCCAGAAGCCCAGAAGACAGCGGCGUCACGGUCGUCAUCUCUCCACUUAUCGCCUUGAUGAAGGAUCAAGUCGACGCUCUUCGCCGUCGUGGUAUCAGUGCUGCCGUACUUGACUCGACCCAAUCCAGGGAGACGUUCGUGGACAUUCACCAGAAGCUCUCGUGUGGGAAGCUUAACUUGCUUUACUGCGCACCCGAACGCCUUAACAACGAGGGUUUUCUCGCUUCCCUUAAAACAAUCCGUGGUGGUAUCCGUCUGCUGGCGAUCGAUGAAGCACAUUGCAUCUCCGAGUGGGGUCACUCCUUUCGGCCAGACUAUCUCAAGAUUGCCCGGUUCGCCCAAGAAGCCAAUGUUGAGAGAGUCGUCUGCCUCACAGCUACGGCAACUGCUGCGGUUGCUAAAGACAUCCGCACGACGUUUGAUAUUCCUCCAGAGGGUUUGUUCGUCACAAGCAUGUACAGAUCAAAUCUUCGUCUAGCGGUCCAAGCGAUCACUGAGAAAGAUGACCAGGUCGAGAUCUGUACCAGCUUCUUGAAGAAACAUCCCGGCCCAUCCAUCAUCUAUGUCACUACUCACGCGGGCGCCGAAACGCUUGCCAAGUCGUUGGCCAGCAAAGGAUUCAAAGCGAAGCCCUAUCACGCAGGCUUGGACAAGGAUCUUCGCACUGACAUCCAGGAUAAGUUCCUCCACAGCCCUGACAUGGUUAUUGUUGGCACAAUUGCCUUCGGCAUGGGAAUUGACAAGGCGAACGUUCGGACUAUCAUCCACUUCGACCUUCCCAGCAGCAUCGAAGCUUACAGUCAACAAAUCGGCAGAGCCGGUCGCGACGGACUACCCAGCACUUGCAUACUGUAUUUAUCCCAUAAGGAUUUCUUCUUGAGGAAUGUUCUCAUCCAUGGAGAACGUCCCUCGCGGCUGGCUCUUCGAGCACUAUUCGAUGAGAUCUGCAGCAGUGAGAAUUGCCAGCUGCCGCCUGGGGAGACAUUCUCUGUUGGGAUAACAUCGCAGUCGAGACGUGUUGACAUCAAGGAGACCCAGCUUUCAAUCAUAUAUGCCUAUUUGGAGCUGAAGUUCAAUCUUCUCCGCGCCGGAACCCCUCAGUACUCCGAGUACAAGUAUCAAGUCCUGCAAGAUAGGGCCUACGUCACCGACAAAUCUCCAACGGCAACUGCAAUAAUCAAAGGGUCUCGCAAAGCAAAGUUGUGGACCAAUAUCAACAUAGAUGAGGUGGCAGACCGCAAUGGGCUUUCUCGCGCCGACAUCACCAGAAAGCUGGACUCUUGGGCUGAGUCUGGGAUCGUCAAACUCCAGAAAUCAGGGGUAUUGAAUGUGUUUCGCCUCCAACGGAAACUGCCGCGAAACAAGACGGAGAUCGACAGCAUGAUCGACCAGAUUGACAAGGAGAUCACUAAGAAGGAAAAGCAGGACCUGCAGCGAGUGCAGGAUCUUGUCAACCUCCUGACAGGGACAACAUGCUUGACGCGGGCUCUCGCUGCCUACUUCGCUGAUACCACCCAUGCAUCGAUCAAGGAAUGCGGGCACUGUACCUGGUGUGAGACGCACCAGCAAGUGGUGCUGCCUGAGUUCAAGCCAAAGCCUCUCGACAAGAGUCUGAUGCAAAGCAUUGCAGGUUCCUGUAGAGCUCUUUGCAAUGAGGAGGCGAGGAAAGGCAAGGGAGGCACAACACCUACUGCUCGGCAGUGCCUUGCGAACAGCACGGCAAAGAACGACCCGCGCUUUAUGGCCUGCGUGGCUUUUGGCAUCAGGACCCCCCGCAUCAGCAGUAUGCAGCUGUGGAAGAAUGAGGCGGUUUUUGAGAAGAUGAGUAACUGCGAUUUUGAUGAGCUUGUCCGCGCGUUCGAAAAGAUGACAAAAUAA